UCAGGUUAACCUUUAAUUGGGUUAUAAUGCAAGAAUAAAAAACAUGCGUGAUGAUAGAUAAGAGAAUAUUCGCGGAUACUGGCGAGUACGGAUAUAAAAUUUUGAGAAGGAGACAAAACGGGUUGAUAAGGAUACGUAUGUUAAUUCUUGGCAUUACAAAAUUCUUACAAUUUUUGCCGACUUGUUGCCGCGAAUUUUUUAUGAACUUAAUCAAAAAUUUACAUUCGUUAAAUUUUUAUUUAAUUAUUUUUAAAUAAACUCUUAUUAAAGAAUUACUUCAGCAAAGUACUUCAGCUGUCAACUGAUUAUUUAAUAACCUAAAAGAAGUUAGAGAAGGUAGCAAAUUAGCAGAAUGAAUCAAAAAAUUAUUCUUUUGGUAAAUGCCUUUUGCGGAACAUUUGCCGGAUUCAAAAAUCUGACUGGAAACCCCGCGUUUUUUACAUGUUCCGCACUUUAAAUCCCACCCAAAGCUUUAGUAAAAUCAAAAGGUUUUUUCUUUUUUUCUUCUUUCUUCUUCUUUCCCUUUGUUUUUUCAUCUUUUUCCUUUUCUUCCUUCUUAUUUUCUUCUUCUUUUGUUUCAUCUUCUUUUUUAGAUGACGGUUCAUUUAUGGCAAUUCCUUUCAUUGCUUUGGCAAAAUUAAAUUUUUGUUUUGUAUUUUUAACUUCUUCCUUUUCUUCUUCAAUUUUAUUAACAUUUUCAUCUUCCUUUUUUAUUUCCUCAAUUUCUUCUUCUUUUUCAAUAUUAUAAAUAUAAUUUUCAUCAAACAUAUAUUUAAUUUUAACAAAAUUAAAAUCUCUGACCAAAACAUCAACAAUUUCAAUUUUCCCAUCUUCAUCAUCUCCACCAUUUUCAUAAAUAUUUAUUUUUAUCCCUUUUUUUCAUUUUUUUAAUAAUUUUUAUUUUAUUUUCUUCAUCCAUUCCUUUAAUUGAAUAACAUUUCUCCUUAUUUACAUCAUCAACAUU